UCCGGAAACUUUUUCUGGGCCCGCGACCCCAGCUAGAGAAGGCCCUUUAGUCUAAAGAUGGCGGCUUUAACGGCCAGUGGUGCUGUGGCGCUGCGUAGAAAUGUCAGCCGGCCGAUUGCUUUUGUGAGAAAAAUUCCUUGGACCGCGGCGUCGAGUCAGCUGAGAGAACACUUUGCACAGUUUGGCCAUAUAAAAAAGUGUAUUGUACCUUUUAACAGGGAGACUGGUUUUCACAGAGGUGUGGGUUGGGUUCAGUUUUCUUCAGAAGAAGAACUUCAGAAUGCACUACAACAGGAAAAUCAUAUUAUAGAUGGAGUAAAGCUCCACGUUCAAGCUCAAAGGCCAAAAAUUUUGCAAACACCUGAUGAAGAGAAAGAUUUUUGAGACUGCCAGCCUAUUAAAUAAAGUUAACGUAACUGAGAA